GGAAAGGCGAUUCCCCAGAACCCAAGCGGCGGAUAUUGCGAACAUACUGCAACUUCGAGGAAUUGCUGGGGCGAGUACGAUGUCGAUACGGACUAUUCGGAAGUCUUUCCCGACACCGGGGUUAUUAGAGAGUACUGGUUGACAGCGCAAAAUGUCACCCUGGCUCCGGACGGUUAUGAAAGGCCGAUGCUAGUAUUCAAUGGCUCAUUUCCUGGCCCGACCAUUGAAGCUGAUUGGGGCGACACUCUUCUCGUUCACGUCAAGAAUGACAUGCAACACAACGGGACGGCGAUUCAUUGGCAUGGGAUCCGCCAAUUAAAUAACAAUCAGCAUGACGGAGUUCCUGGAGUCACGCAGUGCCCGAUUGCCCCAGGGGACAGCAUGACGUACAGGUUCCGUCUUACCCAGUAUGGCACAGGAUGGUAUCACUCACAUCUUGGUCCGCAGAUGGGCGAUGGAUUGUAUGGCGCGUUGGUUAUCCGUGGACCGCAUACAGCAGAUUAUGAUGUGGAUCUCGGUCCUGUCUUCUUGACCGACUGGUUCCAUGGAGGCACCUUUGCAGAGUUUGAGCGAAGCGGCAAGUAUGGCGGUUUCCCCCUGAGGACUAACUCAAUCGCUGAGAAUGGGCUGAUCAACGGAACAAACACGUACGACUGCUCCGGUUCAAGCGACCCGAAAUGUAAAGGGGACGGGAAGAGAAACCCAAUCACCUUUGAACCAGGGAAAAAGUAUCUCAUCCGAUUGAUCGAUUCUCAGAUCGAUUCGGGUUUCAGCUUUUCCAUUGAUGGGCACAAACUCAAGGUGAUCGCGAUGGAUUAUGUCCCAAUCAAGCCAUACAUUACAGAUAGUGUUGCCAUAGGCUCAGGCCAGCGAUACGAUGUUAUUGUCGAAGCGGACCAGAACGUUGGUAAUUACUGGAUGCGAGCAAUUUAUCAAAGUUGUGCCGGGCAGGAUAACAAGAACAAGAACAACAUCCGUGGAAUUGUUCGCUAUGAGGGAGCAGAAGAAGCCUAUCCCACCACAACAAAUCUCCCCAAUGUUGUCACUAGAUGUGACGAUGAGCCCGCAGAAAGCUUAGUCCCACAAGUUCCAAUGGAUGUGAGGACUAGCGAGAAAGAGCAUUCUCUUCUUCUUGGAUUCUUCUACGAACUUUCCACUAUAUUUCAUUGGACACUGAAUACGCGGCCAUUAACCAUCGACUGGCAAAAACCAACCAACAAGUAUAUCCAAGAGAAUAACACCGAGGCGAUCUACCCCGCUGAGUAUAAUGUAUAUGAUGUUCCGUACAAGGAUAAGUGGACAUAUUGGGUCAUUCAAGAAAGCGUUCUACUCUUUAACGUGUACCAUCCUUUCCAUCUACAUGGUCACGAUUUUCAUGUUCUCGCGCAGGGAAAAGGGAUAUAUAAUCCUCUCACUGUCAAGUUGAACCUAAAGAACCCUCCACGCCGUGAUACUGCCAACCUGCCAGGGAAUGGGUACCUUGUAAUUGCUUUCAAGACAGACAAUCCAGGAACCUGGCUCUUCCACUGCCACAUCGCCUGGCAUGCUAGUCAAAAUUUGGCUCUGCAGUUUGUUGAACGCGAAUCGGAGAUAGCGGACGUGAUUUCGGUAGACUAUGACAAUCUGGAUGAAAGGUGCAAGAAUUGGGAAGAAUAUGUGCCAAACGCCCCGUAUCACCAGGAAGAUUCCGGGAUUUGA